AUGGGCCGUUCCGUGGAGCCCGGCGCUGUUGCAAAUAAAAGGCGGAGAACGUCGGAUACGGCUCAAAAUAUUAAUGAUGAUAAUGUUGCGGUGUCUGUGAACCGAGAUUCCAUAUCGGAUCAGGAGGUAACACCGGUCAAUCGCGCACCGAAGGCCAGCCCCGAUUCCGACGCGCGUGGAGAUUCCGGUGACCGUCUAUUUGACCUUGUACGCAAUGUGGCAAACGGGGUACUGCCAUCUUCAUCUGCAGCAGAAGGUUUGCGGAAGAAAUUCCCGGAUGCCGCCCCUAACUCACCUGUGUCUUUUCGCAUUCUGGACUGUAUCGGAUACCUGCUAGAGUACUCGAAUUUUCGCCACAAUCUGGAGGCAUUUCUCGCAUCACUUGAGAGCGUUGGUCUCCUCACAGCGCGUUCAAUCGUUGCCGCCAUAGACGCCUAUAAGUUAGAUGGUUGUGGAUACUCUGCAGGAUUGACGACAAUAGCAAUUCGAGAGCGCACUCGCAACCAAUUCGUAUUGAAGUCGUACGCGUUAUGGCGUGAGUGCACAGUUGGAUUUGAUCUUUUGCAGCAACUCCUGUACCAUCAGGAAUGGGAUGCUGGGGACUUACUAGAGAUGGGCCAAUUGCGCGAUUCGGUGAAGUACAUCGCAGGACAGUAUUCAUUAUGCCCAACUCGCGUGUUGUACGAGCUGAUUGCGUGGUCCUCGUGGCAUGAUGGGGACGGCUUGAUGUUGCUUCUGCAACAGUACCCGAAAGGUCGCGUAGACGAGGUGGUGCGGCUCAUGCUCACGCAGAAAUGCAUGCUAAAGCAGGAGUACCAAACAGUGAAAAAGCAGUAUUGGAGAAUUCCUAGUACGUUGGGACUGUACUUUCCCAAGUUGUGCGCUCGUUUGCUAGCGGAAGGUAUUUUGGAUCUAAGUACUUUGUACCCUUACCUGGAGCCUGCCGACGCCGAUCUGUCUAACUUAGGCUUUCACUUCUUAUCUGUUUCAAAGCGCAUGCCUAACAAGUUGGAUCGAAACGAAACGCCAGUAACCUAUUUGAUACCGCUAGCAAAUUGCAGCUAUGGCGACAACGCACCACGCCAAAUGUUGGACAUGGCAUCUGCCGAGAAACUAUACACAUCUGUCACGUUGGAUUCCACUACCAUAACCAGUGCCCGUGAACUGAUACACGCCCGCCAUGCGAAAGUUAUGGAACACCUUAGGGCAUCGUCUACAGCUGCAACUUCACCGAACAGCUUCGGAAUGGCAGCGUGGAAUCCAUCCGACAGAUUCCGCCGUAAUGAGUCCGUAAGUAGCGUUACAUCGUCCAGUGGUGUAUCGAACUUAUUACACAAAGCAGAACACAGGCAUUCCGCAACGGGAAACAUUGACGUCGUGAAGUACAAUUUGCUUGAUUCAGACGGAUAUGCCUACGUGAAAGACCAUAUAUUCGCCUUGGAAUGUGAUAAAUUGUCAGUGUUGUCGCACCUAUUUGAUAUAGCGCGAGACCUUGAAUCUCCUGCUUGGAUUUUGGGAAAACUGAUGUUGGAUCAUAUUCAGGUGACUGCUAAAUUCCCCGUAGUGCUGCAUGGCAGCAUUUGUAAGGCUAUGUGCAACCUAAUAUUGCGUUUAAUCAAGAAACACACAAAGACAAAUGAUUGGCGUCGCGGUAUAGACCAAAUUGACAGGGUCCUAAGGAUACUUGGGCCCGGAUUGCAUAUAAACCUUGUAUGUUUUUCUGCAACAAUAAAAUUCCUGCAAAAUUGUAUAGAAAAGCAUAUUGAUCGCGUUUGUAGAAUUGUUUGGAGGUAUUUGUUACCAGCACUAUGUAUGGUGGUAGAGGGCAACUGCCAAGUUGCCGACAGGCUGUGGAACCUUUUAUCCAACAUACCGGCUUCUAAGCGUUAUAGGAUAUACAAUCUAUACCUUUCUAGGGUAUUGGAUUCUAGGUCAACUACGGUCGAUGCCUGGGCGUGUAUGGUUAGGGCAUCGUAUAAUUGCGCUCUGGUAAAGACGAGGUCCAUUUUCAAACGCGUGACCGCUACGAUGCUAAAGACCACAAAAAGCGCAUCUGUGCGUGGCAAUGUAUCGACUGUUUGCGGGUUGUCUGCGGUAGAUCCUUUUGCCGUAGCUCACACGAUUGUAUCGCAGUGCGAAAUGUUCGAGAAUCUUGUGCUUCCACUCUCUGAGGUUGGUAAGUACUUUGGACAUCUGGCAUGUGAUGUAUUCUUCUUCAAGUUGACCGCAAACCAGAACCAGGUAUGUUUCAGAUGCACCGCCGAGGUGGACGACGUGGGGCGCAGUAAGAGAUUGUUGGUGAACGCUCAAUUGGCUUCUCGUUUCUUUCGACGCCAUAUGGAUGUGGAUUUAGCACCCUUACUUGUGGGUGCGUUGACAAUCAUACAGCGCAGCAUGAUGAUCAAUCAGUUUGACAUCGUUCCUAGGUCCUCUGAAGAGGGAGGCGAUAUUCCAAUGGAGUUCUCAAAACGUUCUAUAAAACUUAAGCCUAUAGAUACGGGAUCGCGCCUUGCAUACCCGCAUGAACUUUCCAACGGUUGGCUUGCGUUGGAAUAUGUAAGCAAACUUUUGGAAUUGGUGGGCGGUGUACCGCAACUCGCUGAAGCCCAUGCAUUAACCAUCGACCAACUGAAUGCACAGGGUGGUGGUGUGUUUUUGCGUAGUGAGAUUAUGACGCAAGAUCCGGAUGACGAAACGUGUGGUAUGUCAUCGCGUGAGAAUUUAGCGAAGAUCAUGUUAAGACCAUUCUUUUCCCAUUCCUUACUCUUCCUGUGUGGCAAAAUGCGCCAAGAGGUCAUGUACGAUUCUGAGUUCCGUGCUGGCGUAGUAUAUCUUUGCGCCACUGUGGACCACCUGCAGAAGAUGGCGCUACAGUUUGUUGAGUUUAGAGAAGCAGUGGACAUAAUCGUUAACCGUGGGUUGGGUUCGGAGUCUUUCACCCUGCAAUUCAGCUUCCCAUCAUUUGAUGAACUGCGUCGCUUUUGGGAUGAAGCUAACGCACUCUAUUUCUCACAUAGCUGUACCAAUCCGCCAGCUUCACAUUCCAGCGCUCUAUCGCAUACGGCUUUCAAGCCCCAGUUUCUGGAAUUUGUCAACAACAUUCAUCUACGUGACAUUUGGGUGCCUAUAGAACAGUAUCAGAAGACCUUACAAAGGCUGGAAGGUUGGAUAAAGGACAUUGGAUCGGCUCACUCUAGCGGGUCGCACCGCCGCCUUAAGAAGCUCAGGUCGCGUUACCAGGCUUUGGAACGUGAGGUAAAACAGCAAGAAGAACAUGUUGCAAACACUAAAUUGCGAUUUGAAGAGGCCAUAUCAUCAGGCUGGCUCACUGCUGAAGCACAGAUAGGCCCAGGCGUCACCAUUGCAUUUUUGAAGCAUUGCAUUGUGCCACGUGUAUUCGUAAACGAAGCUGAGGCUGCUUUUUGCGGCCGUCUGGUCGAUCUGAUGCUUCAUUAUCGUUUGGAAUGCUUCAACUUCUUCGAUUUCAGUAAUUGUUGGACAAAAAUGCUUAUGUCUAUGGUACGGUGCUGCACCGAGAGGGAAGCUCCUUUGCUGGCUAUAUUCGUGAACCACAUGUUCGGCGUUAUUCGGGAGUGGAGUAGCAAUGCGGAACUCUUCGAAGGCAUGACACAGGGUCACCCGUGUUUCUGCACGACUUUCAAGUAUGUCCCUGACAAGGCAUUGACGCACCAACAGCUAUUGGGUGGUAUUCGUAAGUGGGAAGGACGUAUAAUACGCGCUCUGAGCUAUGCAUUGACGCUACACAUACCUGAGUCUGAUGGUGGUUUGUCCAAAUCUGAUAGCUUGGUAUCCGCACCAACGUGGAUUGACCAAAAGGGAGCCGUAGUCUUCCUAGCGCGCUGCCACGAGAGUUUCCCCAUUACGUGUACAGCAGGAAAACGUGUGCUAACGGGUUUGAGAUGUGUUGUUGAGAGUGCACAGAGACAAGGAUGGAAAGAUGUUGUGGCUGCCGCGAGCACACUAUUGAAAACGUUCGAGAAGUACGAAAGAACCAACAAGUGGCUGUAG